AUGGCCGCUGUGGCUGUGACUGAAUGUACCAUUGCCUUGCUCCUGUUCGGCAUUGGCGCAGGGCUGUCCGACUCGACCAAGUUCCACAUGGCUCUUGGCAGUCAAGUACACAGUGUCGGCGGCGGGUUUGUGUUCUUGUCGUUGUUGUACCCCGUUGUAGCUGGAAUUGGAUUCAUUGGAGCGAAAUACCACAACAAAUUCCUAUUGCUCGUGCACAUGGGGGGAUUGGUGGCGCUGGCGGUGAUGCAGACGAGCAUCGCGACCAGUGGAUUAGUCCUUGCAUCGCCCGACUACUCGUACGCGUUUCAAGACGCCUGUCUCACGAAUAACUUUUUGAACAACCAAACGCAACGCGAACUCUGCCAGCCCUUCUUUCUCAGUGACACAUUUGGGGGACUGCGCUUGGCGUGGCAAACCUUUUACGUCGAAUCGUUGGCCGAUCAAACUGCUGGCGCCGGCAUGCAAAAGUUGCAAGAUGCGAACGUUUGCUGUGGUUUAGGACCUCCACGUCAUUGCCAGAACGACACAAGGCCCUUUCCAAGCAGCCGACCGUCCACGGACUGGCCGACUCAACAAGUGUGUCCGACUACAACAAAGAAUUCUGGUGAUUACAUGCCGACUCCGCUAUGCUACGCUGGUGGGAGCUGCUCGUUCGACUACCCUAUUGGAAGUUGUGGCAUGAGUGGAGCCGGCUUGUUUGCAAAAGGUUGUGCCAGUGCGUUGCAUCGAAAUAUGGCCUCGACGCUACAAGGACUGUGCAUAACAGUGCAAGCCCUGUUGUUCUUCACCGUCUUGUUUGGCUGCUCGACCAUGUGCUUGAUGUUCAAGCGCAAAGACGAGGACGUACUGCCAUCAGGGACCCAGAUCAGCAUUCGGCCAAAGGAAACCAAGGUAUACUGCAGUCGAGAGAUAGCCCAGCUGGAGAAGGACUUUUGA